AUGCAGUUGGUAAAUGACGAUGAAGGAAGCUGCUCGAUGGAGAGAACUAACGUCAUACCAUCCCAAGAUGGCAUUCAUUCGACUCCAGAUUGGUGUAAUCAGAAAAUCUUCCAACGCAAUCGUCUGCCCCCUCGCUCCUACUACAUUCCGGACACGUCCGUCUGUUUGAAUGGCAAAUGGUGUUUCAAUUACUCCCAAAGCCCCGAACAGGCGCCCGACUGUAAGACAUUCAGCUCUUGGUCUCCUUCUGAUCUGAAGAGCAAGGAAAUUGCCUGGGCACUCAUCGAUGUCCCGGGCCAUUGGCAAUUGCAGGGUUAUGGCAGACCUCAUUACACAAACAUCGUUUAUCCCUUCCCUGUCUGUCCACCUGAAACGCCAACGGAGAACCCCACUGGGACUUACUAUCGAAAUUUCGAUCUCCCCCCUGCAUUCGACGAAAACAAGCAGCUGAGAUUGAGGUUUGACGGGGUCGACAGUGCAUUCUAUCUGUGGCUGAAUGGCGUGGAGAUCGGCUAUUCCCAGGGGAGCAGGAACCCGGCAGAGUUCGACGUCACGAAGCACGUAGUAAGGGGCAAGCCCAACCGCAUCCUGGUCAAAGUACUUCAGUGGUGCUCCGGAAGUUACAUCGAAGAUCAAGACCAAUGGUGGCUUUCUGGUAUCUUUCGCGAUGUGCAACUAAUAGCGCUUCCCGUUCGGACGCGAAUCGAGGAUUUCUUCAUCAGGACGCAGCUUGACGAAAAGUACGAGGACGCGAUACUGAAUACCGAUCUCGACGUGGUGUUGGGUGACGACUGCUGCCUAUCGAUAACCCUCAGGGAUGCCGAGGGUAGAAUCGUCCAGGCUGAGCGUAUUUCGCUUUCGUUGAAAUCUACCAAAUGCUCUCACUCGAUCAAAAUCCCAAAUCCACGCAAAUGGACCGCAGAGACACCUUAUCUAUACAAUCUAGAGUUUUGUCUUUUCUCGGUCAAGCGAGAUACUCCUCCAGUUCAUUCCAUCCGCCACGCUGUCGGGUUUCGCUCAGUUGAGCUCAAGAAUGGCAACAUCUGCGUUAACGGGAAGGCCAUUACGUUCCACGGCACAAACCGCCAUGACAACCACCCAACCCUCGGCCGUGCAGUAUCACUCGACUGGGUGCGUCAUGACCUCCUGCUCAUGAAGAAGCAUAAUAUCAAUGCAGUGCGCUGUUCCCACUACCCCUCUCAUCCGAGCCUUCAUGGUCUCUGUGAUGAGCUCGGCUUGUGGGUCAUUGACGAAGCAGAUCUCGAAUGCCACGGUUUUGCUACUGCUGCCGCUUUAGAGCUCAACUGUGACGGCCUAAGCCACGAAGAAGAGGCAAAACGUACAUCCACAGAUUCCGCAGAUUACACGUCCGACAACGCAGAGUGGGAGUCCGCGUAUCUCGACCGCGCACAUCAAUUGGUUGAACGGGACAAGAACCAUCCAAGCGUCAUCAUCUGGUCGUUGGGCAAUGAGUCGUUCUAUGGUCGCAACCAUGCUGCCAUGUCUAGGUGGAUCAAAGAACGCGAUCCCAGCCGCCUCAUCCAUUACGAGCCCGACUGGCAAGCUAAGUCGACCGACAUGAUUUCACACAUGUACACGUCUCCUGCAGACUUAAAGAGAGAGGCCGAGUCUGAAGGCGACGAUUUCGAGAAACCGAUCAUCCUCUGUGAAUACGCUCAUGCAAUGGGCAACGGCCCCGGGCUUUUGGAAACCUACCGGACCCUCUUCCGCUCCCACAGACGACUCCAAGGCGGAUUCAUCUGGGAGUGGGCGAACCAUGGGCUCUGGAAAGAAGAUUCCGACGGCAGAAAGUACUAUGCUUAUGGUGGCGAUUUCGGGGACGUACCGAACGAUGGCACUUUUGUCAUGGACGGGCUAUGCCACAGUAACCACACCCCCACGCGCGGCUUAGUAGAACUGAGAAAGAUAUACGAACCAAUCGAUGCCGAGCUCAACGGGAAAUAUCUUGUUGUGCAGAAUCAUUAUGAUUUCAUAGGAUUGGAACAUAUUAGGGCGGAGUACGAAGUACAAGUUUACGGCCAAAGGUCUGAACUUGUUGCUGCCGGAGUCCUGGCGAUUCCUCCAGUUCCGCCGGGGUCGCAAAGAAGAGUCCAGCUGCCCGAAGAUGUCCUCAAACACAAGGUUUCCCGCGAAUGCUGCCUCAGGAUUGCCUUUCGGUUGAAAAAGGACACACGAUGGGCAAGGGCCGGCCAUGUGAUAGCCUGGUAUCAGACUCAACUAGCUACGGCCCCUCAAACUGCUAUGCCACCUCUCGCCAGCAUAUUUUCCUCCAAGCACGGAAGCAGCUCGGCGACACCUAUACCUCCUCCGUCAUCCACCGAUUCAUUGCUCAGGUUCUCUGCGACCAGCCUGAAAUACAAAAUCUCCACCUCCUCGACUACCAUCACAUUCGAUCGAGUCCGCGGCCAAAUAUCCUCAUUCGCCCACAACUCCAGCCAGCUCUUGUCCGACACGCGCGUUGAGAGCCACAACCUGGCAUCUCCCUCCCCUUUGUUCGCUCUGGAUUUUUGGCGACCGCCCACGGACAAUGACAUCGCAUGGCAGACUGGCGAAUGGAAAAGGUACGGGCUGCACAUGAUGACAAGUCGAUUGAAGAGUUUCAAAGCGAGCGUGCGUUCGGAUUGGGCUUCCUCGACACAGAACCAUACAGAUUCGGCGGACAGGACCGUGGAAGUCGCGGUGGUGACUUUGACGGCCGAGCAUGCUCUUGCUCCGCCCAGUCUGGCCUGGCAUUUCGAUGCUGUGACUACCUACACCAUCACAGCCACUUCCAUCGCUAGCUCCAGCAGCGACAACCCCAACAGCGGCUCUGCCCAAGGUGGGGAGUCUCGGCUAACGAUACAAAUCCACACGCGCCUUAUACCGUAUGGCUCGCACCCGCGCAACCUCCCCCGAGUCGGGCAUUCCAUUCAACUUGCUCCUCAGUACAGGUAUGUCAGAUGGUUCGGUCGCGGGCCGUCGGAAUCGUACAACGACAAAUAUCUCUCACAGCAGGUGGGGAUCUGGGAACGCGAGAUUGACGACAUGGAGGAACACUACGAGGUGCCACAAGAGAAUGGAAAUCGAUGCGAUGUUCAAUGGUGCACGGUCUCAGCGUCUGCUUCAGAGGAUGCCAUUUUUACCACAGCUGUGGGAGAUGACAAUGACGAGGGUCGCAGUGAGGAUGUCGCUAACGGAAUAACGAAACAUGUUCCAGCGGGCGACAUCCCCGCCCUGCGCGCGACGUAUCUCUCAGGCACGUCCGAAGGAGAUCGACCACACAUGCAGUUUUCUACUCAGCUCUACGACGCGGUUACGGUCGAGACUGCCAAGCACCCAUGCGACCUGCUAGAGCCGGGGAAGAGAAGGCAGGGAGUCCUAUGGCGGCUCGAUGCAGACGUCGCAGGAGUAGGGACAGCAGCAUGUGGGCCCAGCACGGAGGAGAAAGAUCAGGUGCUCUGCCGGGAACGGGAGUGGACUUUGAUUCUGCAGGUUUUGUGA